CACGUCUGUUUGAACCUCAAAGUACCACCCUGCAAAGCCAAGAAACAAAGUAGCGCACGAACUAUGGCUGCCAUGGCCGAGCGCCUCGUGAUCGGCACCCUGCUGGCCGCCGCCUUCCUGGCGUCAUCCGCAUCGGCAUCGGCGGCGGACACCACCAGGCUGACCCUGCACAACCUGUGCCCGUACCCCGUGUGGCCGCUGGUCACCCCGAACACGGGCUUCCCCGCCAUCUGCGACAACGCCGUCCGCCUCGAAGGCAACGGCCACGGACUCGUCUCCUUCACCUUCCCGCCAACCUUCUGGGCCGGGCGCCUGGUGGCGCGCACCGGCUGCACGUCGCCGUCGCGGUGCGAGACGGGGAACGCGCGGCCCGUGGGCGUGGUGCAGCUGGCCGUGCACUCGGCCGAGGGUGGCGGGCAUCGGCAACAGGACCUGGCGGUGUACAGCGUGAGCCUGGUGGACGGGUUCAACGUGCCGGCGGUGGUGAGCCCGCAGUCCAUCGGCGGCGACGGGCCGUGCCCGGCCCUGGGGUGCGCGGCGGACCUGAACGCCGGGUGCCCGCCGGCACAGCGCGUGGUGGGCGCCGGCGGCCGCGUGGUCGCGUGCAAGGGGCCGUCCGGGUACUUCAAGCAGCGGUGCCCGCUGACGCGGACGACGCCGAUCGACAGGGAGCCCGUGCCGCAGAACUGCCACGCGCCCGGCGAGCUCAAGGUCGUCUUCUGCCAGCCCGCGAUGGUCGACGCCGACGCCGCCGCACAGCCGGAAAUCGGCGUCGCCAAGAACUAGCUAGCUGGCCACUAGCGCGUGCUGUUGACAUACACGUAUAAGGUGCGGUUGUGAAAAUAAGGAUGGCACGUAUAGUGUGGAGUAGCUCAGUCGGCAGGCCCACUGCUAAGAUCGACAAAACAGCUAUGAUUUGUUCUUCUUCCCAAGCAAAAUAAAGGAAAAUUCUUACCUCCCGCCGGUUGAUCCGAGCAAUC